CCCCCAUUUGGUUUGUAACUCACUCUGCCUUGCGGCCUGUACAGCUCCGCUUUGUCACCUUCUCUCUCGGGCUAAAAACCAAGCUGAGUGCUUUAUAAAGUUUCUAUUUUUCCUCAGUGUCAACGGAGUGUGAGUGAGAGAGGCAAAAGCAAGAUAGUAAUGGCUCCAAGAGGACGUUCAAGAAAGAGGUCUAAUACAAGAAUGGCUGCAGCCACUGAUGCAAUGAAGCCAUUUGGAUUCCCUAACAACUUGGUUGUCAAAACCAUCAAGGAACUCCUAAACGUGUAUGGGGAAGAAGGGUGGCCCUUCAUUGAGGAUGCUGCUUACAAGGUUCUGAUAGAAGCUAUACUUGAAAAGGACAACGGAGGAGAAACAAGUCAUUCCAAGGAACCAGCUGCUGAGACUUCUGGUGGGACUCUUGCACUCGCAUGCUCUGAUGUGAACCCUCCCAACACCGCAUUGCAGAUCAGCAAUGACUUGGACCCUGCAUCAGAGACUUCUGGCGGGACUCUUGCACUUGCAUGCUCUGAUGUAAACCGUCCCAACACCGCAUUGCAGAUCGGCAAUGACUUGGACCCUGCAUCAGAGACUUGUGGUUGGACUCUUGCACUUGCAUGCUCUGAUGUGAAUCCUCCCAACACCGCAUUGCAGAUCAGCAAUGGCUUGGACCCUGCAUCAGAGACUAAUGAGGCUUUGGGCACUGCAAACCUGUCAAAUGAAUCUGUCGAAGCCGGAGGCCCCGAGAGAGAUCCUAUUCAGCAUCCUGGGAGCACUAGCCACUCUACUCCAUCUCUUACUCAUACCCCACCAAUGCCAGAGAGCAAUUCAACUAGGCAACGCAGGCCUUACUAUGGCUGGAUCUGCAGUGAUGAUGAGGAGGAUCUUGUGGAGCUAACACCAGGGCCAUUAGCUGAAGAAAUGGAAAACUUGCUUUUAAGUCUCAGGGGACAGAGAGAGAGAAAGCAAAGGUGGAAUGUAAAACCUGAGGAUAUCUGAACUCUUUUCAGCUGUAAAUUCUCUAGCAAAAUAGGUAUAUAUUUACUGGGAUUUGGCUUAAAACUCUGCUUAUGGAAAUUCCCAAUGGAAGAAUAUUCAUUCAUGAUGUAUAUCGAAUGUAAUCUUGUCAACAAUCAGAUGAAAUCCAAUUCCAUUUUUCGGUUCA